ACGAAGCUUCUCCGAGACCACUAAGACUGUGACUCACUGAGUCUCUCUAAUUUUCUCUGCCAUGAAAGCAGACCUCACACCAGCCAUCCGUACAAUCCCACGAACCCUAGACCUCUUCUAGUCUAGGGUUUUCCUUUUUCUCCUUGUCUUUCACCACCAUGCCUUCCUCGCCCAAGGUCUUCCACGCGCAGCACCGCCCAUCCCCGUCGCCGCGCAGAUCGACGGUCCUGAUCCUCGCCAGCUGCCUCCUGAUCGGGUUCACGGGGUUCAUAUUCGGACUCGUGGCAAUCCUCGGCCCGGGCAUCUCGCCGAACAGAUGCUCGAACGCCGAGCCGAGAUCGGUCCGAGUGGUGUGGGAGAGAGGCGCUGGCGAUGGGAAUGCGAACGGGAUUGGUGGGGAUCCGAAGCGGCACAAGGUGAUGGGGUUUGUGGGCAUUCAGACCGGGUUCGGAUCCGCUGGUCGCCGGCGCUCCCUGCGCCAGACUUGGAUGCCGUCCGAUCGCCAAGGCCUUCAACGCUUGGAAGAAGCAACUGGUUUAGCUUUCAGGUUUGUCAUUGGUAAAACCAAUGAUAAAUCAAAGAUGUCUGAACUCAAGAAGGAGGUGGCAGAAUAUGAUGAUUUCUUGCUAUUGGAUAUUCAAGAGGAGUAUAGUAAGCUCCCAUACAAAACGAUAGCUUUCUUUAAAGCUGCAUAUGCACUUUUUGAUUCUGAUUUUUAUGUUAAAGCAGAUGACGACAUAUAUCUAAGGCCAGAUCGCCUCUCACUGCUCUUGGCUAAAGAGCGGUCUCAUUCUCAGACUUACAUCGGGUGCAUGAAAAAAGGCCCUGUUUUCACUGACCCUAAACUCAAAUGGUACGAGCCACUCUCCUAUUUGCUUGGAAGGGAGUACUUUUUUCAUGCUUAUGGCCCAAUAUAUGCUCUUUCUGCCGAUGUUGUUACAAGCUUGGUUGCUCUUAGGAACAAUAGUUUUAGGAUGUUCAGCAAUGAGGAUGUUACAAUUGGGGCAUGGAUGCUUGCAAUGAAUGUCAAACAUGAGAAUAAUCAAGCACUGUGUGAACCAGAUUGUACACAGUCAUCUAUUGCAGUCUGGGAUAUUCCCAAGUGUUCAGGGCUCUGUGACCCAGAAAAGAAGCUAUUAGAACUUCAUCAAAAGGAGAGCUGCUCAAGGAGCCCUACUCUGGCUUCUGAUGACUAGCAUUCGUGCGUGCAUAUAUUUUUCCCUCUCGAAGCCAAUAAACAGAGAAGUUGAAUCGAAGAAGCACUUGCCCCUUUAAGGUCACUGCUGAUACCAGAUGUUAUUCAGUUUUUUUCAAUUUUCACCCAUAUUUGGUUUUUGUAAUCUAUUCUUUCUUUCUUGUUGUAAGUUGGUAAAAAAGAAGGUAGAAUUUUGUACUAUACAGCUUUAGACUUAACUCUUUUGAGGGGAUCAAAGUUAAUAGAGUAUAGGAAGACAGGUAGCAUUAGAGACAUAAACUUCAAUUUCUUUAAUCAAAUAUCAUUCUUUCAAAA